GGCGCAACAAGUUAACAGUUUUUCGUUGGACUUUCAGAAAAAAAGUGCGCCCCUUGCAGUGAUGGUUCAUUACAAUAAACAAUUCAAAAUUUUGAUAACUGGAAAAACUGUCCACACAAAUUUGAAAAUCGAGUGUUUUGUUUUCAGCUAAAAUUAUGCAUCUAAACAGUCAGUAUCAUCUCCUUAUUUUGGUUCUAAUAGUAAAAAGUGUGUUCGCUGAAGAAAUAAUUACACUUCAAAAAGAUAAUAACGUCACUUGCAUAACGGACGAUAUUUUUCUGCCGAUUUAUAUUUCGCCCCCAUCAACUGAAGAAAAUUUUGGAAAAGAAACCACCGAUUUGCUGACGGAAGGUAAAUGGGCUGAAGACGAUUGGUUUCUCCAGGCUGAAGACGCAUUCAUUCCGGAAACACUAGUCGAUAGACGAUGGCAAGAUUUUCCAAUUUUAUACACUGAUCAUCUAGAGUUUAUGAACAAGAGCUCUUUUGCCUUCUCAGUAUAUGGACCCGCCAACUUCACAUUAUUUAUAAGAAAAAAUAACAUGACUAGAAAAUAUGAAGUAGAAAUUGAAGAUGUUAACCGUUGGAUACAUGCUAGAGUUAUCACACAAAAUACCAGAGUUUUCUACCAACAAGAUGGACACAUUUUAAGAAAAUGGCGUACAUUUAAACCAAAUGGACUUAUUAUUAUAAGUGAAAAUCUAACCUACUGGAAGAAACACUCCUAUAAAUACAAGUUAUCUUACAAUAUAACAACUUCUAAUGGAACUUCUCUAACAGUACCCGCUAGUGGAAGAACAUGUUUGUUGUUGUACACCUGGCUUUGUCGAACAUGUGUUUUACAAGUUGUGCUACUUGAUGGUGUAUCCUCAAAAACUAUCUUAAUCAAUUCUAUUAUUAGUAAUCAAUUUAGUGUUACUAAUUCCUGGCAGACACGUAAAAUUGAUAUUCAACCGGAUAAAGAUACUCAGCUCAAAUUUUCUAGACAUGGUGGUCAGUCACAUAGGUUUUGGGCUAUAGAUGUUCAGCUUUGUCCUCCCACUUACAACAAUAAUUCGUUUAUACAGACAACUAUAUCAACAGUUGAAGCAAAAAUUUGUAAACUUCUACACAAUAACGAAACAAAAAUUAGCAACGGAAUAACUACGUGUAGUAAAGCAGGUUUUGUGGGGACAUAUUGCAAUGUCAGUUGUUCUGCUAUAUUAGGUCACAAAUUUCCAUAUUGCGAACAACACAGAAUUUGUGAAUUUUCCAAAUGCGAGUGUAGCUGGGGUUACGAAGGAGAGUUGUGUCAGGAAACAUGCAGAGGUAAUAAAUGGGGUUUAUCCUGCAAACAUGGGUGCAACCAGUCAUGUCCUGAAUGCAAUAAAAUAACCGGAGAAUGUAAUCCACAACCACAAGGUUACUCCAUUGGUAUUUUUAACCAUUGCUUUGAAAAUCCAGUAGUGGCAUUUCUGCUGCUGGUCUUGGUAAUUGCAGUUAUUGUUAUGAAAAUAUAUUCACUCCACUUUAUAAUAGCAUCAAUUUUGAAAAAUUUAAUACCAGCACGGUUGACAUUAAUAUCACAAAAAGAAGAUGAUGAGGAUUCUGCACAAACUUCUGCUGAAAAUUUUGAACUACAAAUUUUGAAUGAAAAGUCUGGGGUUUUGUUAACAAAUUAACGAUUCACGUUACAUUCAUACAAAGUUAUCAAUAUAUAAAUAUUUUCUAAUAUUGUUUAGUAAUAAAAUUAAUUUUUCUGCAAAUAAACACUACUUGUUCGUU